AUGGCAGUAACCAAGAACAAGAAGACAUCAUUGACAUCUCUGUUUUUAGGAUGUUACAGGACAAAGAACGCGAGUAGAUACGAAGUAGAGGAGAGGGGCAACGCAAUGAAAAUAAGAACUUGUCCGGUGAUCAAGAGGCUGUCGUUAUCGGACAUAAGUGAUCCAAGCUCGCCCAUGUCGGUCAUGGAUGACCUCUCAAACUCCUUCACAUCUCAAAAGCUUCGUAUGUUCACCUUGUCUGAGCUGAGAGUUAUUACGCAUAAUUUCUCAAGAAGUAACAUGCUGGGAGAAGGAGGGUUUGGGCCAGUUUACAAAGGGUUCAUUGAUGACAAGGUUAAACCGGGUUUAGAAGCCCAACCGGUUGCUGUUAAGGCACUUGAUCUCCAUGGUCACCAAGGCCAUAGAGAAUGGCUGGCGGAGAUAAUCUUUUUGGGGCAGCUAAGUAACAAACAUCUUGUGAAGCUGAUAGGAUUUUGUUGUGAAGAAGAGCAACGAGUACUUGUUUAUGAGUACAUGCCUCGAGGUAGCUUGGAGAAUCAGCUCUUUAGAAGAAACAGUGUAGCAAUGGCAUGGGGAAUAAGGAUGAAGAUAGCCCUUGGAGCCGCUAAAGGCUUAGCUUUUCUCCAUGAAGCAGAGAAACCUGUCAUCUACCGAGACUUCAAAACCUCCAACAUAUUGUUAGACUGCAACUAUAACGCAAAAUUAUCUGAUUUUGGCCUAGCCAAAGAUGGACCUGAAGGAGAACAUACACAUGUAACAACUCGAGUGAUGGGAACGCAAGGUUAUGCUGCACCUGAAUAUAUAAUGACUGGUCACUUGACGACAAUGAAUGACGUCUACAGUUUUGGAGUCGUUCUGUUGGAACUGAUAACAGGGAAACGGUCAGUGGACACUACCCGGGCACGAAGGGAACAAAGCCUCGUGGAAUGGGCGCGUCCAAUGUUGAGGGACCAAAGAAAGCUAGAUCGGAUAAUCGAUCCAAGGCUCGAAUGCCAGUACAAAACUGAGGCAGCUCAGGCAGCAGCUGCCUUAGCCUUCAAGUGUCUUAGCCAAAAUCCCAAGUAUAGACCAACAAUGUCUGACGUAGUAAAGGUUUUGGAGUCUAUCCAAGAAGUUGAGACAAAGGAGCGUAAUAGUAACAACAAAGAAACAAAGAAGUUUGUGGAUAAAAGAAUCAUUAGGCAUCACCGUAAAGGCCAAAAAAGAGUGAACAUCGCUUAUUCAGAUUCUCUCCUUUACAAGGAAUCCAGGGCAAAGCAGAACAAUGGGGUUUGAAAUACAUCAGUUUUCAUAUUAAUUAUUAAGCAUUGAUAUUUCUAUAUAUGCACUUCUUAUAUUUAGUUCUAAGAGCCUUCUUCCAUAAAUUUUGGGAUGGAAAGGUGGUGUUAUUUCUCCUAGUUCUAUAAUUAAGAAAUACAUGGUACACAAGAUGCAUGUACACUUUUACAAAAAAAAAAAAAGAAGGUUCAUGUACAAAUAAUAUAAAGUAAUUGUUAUUAAGUAAAACUUUUAA